ACUCGGGGAUUUAGCUUUCUCUUCAUUUUUCAUCGUCCAUUCCUUUUUGCUUUCUUAUUUGUUUUGUUGUUUGUUUCAUUUUCAUUUGGUUUUCCACGCGCCAUGAUCUCGGCCUAUAAGAAAAGAAAUAAAAAUAAAAUAGAUAGAAAUCCGCGCUUUUAUAAUAAAAACGAAUAAAACGUUUAUACAAAUUUUCAGAUUUCCUUUACAUCCAAGAACAAGUCAAGUUCGGGCGCAUCGGGGAGCCACUGCGCUACUCGAAAUCCAGCACGUGGUUUUUUUCUUUGGCUAAAAAGAAGUUGGCGCCUAGAAUUAGUGGAUAGUGACAACUAGGAUCACAACUCAAAAUGGAUCACUUAUACGUCGAAAUUUUCACGAAAGAUGAACACAUCUUUACUAGCAUCAAGUCUUACAUAGCUCUUUAUGUGUACUUGUACUUGGAACAACCACAAAAUAUUAAGCUUCAUUUUGUGCUCUCUAAAUCAUGUCCUGACAAUGGAAAAAUAAGGCUUAAUGCAGAUUACUUGAAUUUCAGUUUAAACGAUGAUCGUGUAAUUUACAAGGACACCACUGAAGAAGAGUCUCUGUGGGAUUUGCAUUUGCCGGUUUACAACAAGGACGGGGACACAUUUAUUGCAGGAAUGUGCGCUGUAUGUCGGGAGAUUUUAUUGAAACAUGGCAGCGAAAAUAGUCGAAAGUUAUUAGGUUUUAAGGAAAGUUGUUUGCUGGCAACAACCGAAGCCUCUAUGUGGACCCGCUUCUGUGAAGUGAAUAUAGUAUCUGGGCUGUCGAAUGUCAUAAAGGCGAUUGAAGGACAAUGUGAUCUUGUCGAACUUCCUGUGGAAUGUGUGCGUUUUGAGAACCAUAUGGCUGAACCUGUUCGUAUGCAUAAUAUCUAUAAGCUGGCACGUGAAAAGGCAAAUGUCGAAUCAAAGAAGAAGGUCACAAUUGAAAGCUGCAUACCAAAAGAUAAACUAGCAAUAGACCAUACGUUUUCCGAAGGUGUACAGUUUACAAUUGCAGAUUUAAUACUUUAUCCCUGCAUUCGCCUUAUCUUUAUGGGCUGCGGUAUGACUAUACUGGACUAUUUUCCAUUAACCAAGAAUUGGCUAAAUAAGGUUGACACAUAUGAUCCGAAAUGCUUGCAAAUUCUAAACGAGUCUUGUCUACUUCCUGCCAACAAAAUCAAAAAUUAUUUGGAAAUUCCCAAAUGCGAGGCUACAAGUCUUUAUAAAAGUGAUCCCAAAAGGUAUAAGCCACGAAAUCGCAUUUUUACCGACCAAAAAGGGGUAGACGCUGCACUCAACAAACUGCAAAGUUUGAACAUUCCAUUCACUAGUAUAUCAGAAUGGACUUAUGACAAUUUUACUAUUAACUGGCAAAAUAUUGAACCUUCCCAUGCAAAAAGCUCGGCGUUACCCGAAAAAAGAUUGGCAAGAAAACGACAACAAUUGGAGAACUUGGCGAAUGCUGUUGUAAAACUUGCCAAGCCGGGGGAUCGUAUAGUUGAUUUUUGCAGCGGCACUGGACACUUGGGUAUCUUGCUGGCUCUGAAGCUUCCCCAGUGUACUGUGAUUUUGUUAGAAAAUAAAUCGAUUUCCCUUCAACGAGCCAAGUGCAGAACGACAGAGUUGCAAUUGAAGAAUGUAAUAUUUUAUCAAUCUAAUAUAGACUAUUUUGAAGGAAAAUUCGAUAUUGGUUGUUCGCUGCAUGCCUGUGGAACUGGAACGGACAUUGUUCUGGCACAGUGUCAAAGAGCAAAGGCCAAUUUCGUUUGUUGUCCCUGUUGUUAUGGUUCACUGCAACCAAUGCCGCACAUUAAAUAUCCCUUGAGCAAAGAGUUUCGGUCUGUACUAUCGGAGAAUGAAUAUAUGUAUAUUGCUCACACGGCUGAUCAAGCACAUGCUUUGGGAACAUUAAACUGUUCAGAGGAACACACGAGGCAAGGCCAAUUGUGCAUGGACAUUGUGGAUACAGAUAGAAAACUGAAGGCUGAAAGUGCUGGCUAUAAUGUUAUUUUAACACGGCUAAAACCCGAAGAUUGUACACCAAAAAAUAGACUGCUGGUUGGUAGAAAGUCCAUAGGGUCCUAACUUCGUCAUAUGAUUUUUAGUUUAAUUUUUAUUUUCAAGAAACCCAGCCUUUUUUCUUACAAAUGGUAGUUGCUGUAGUUUAAUUCCGUAAACAACAACAUAUUUAUGUACACAACUUGCGAUAUAUCUUUCUUUAUUGAUAUUGUGUGAUCGAUACCCGUACUUAUAUGUAUGUAUGUAUGUAUAAAAUAUAUGUAUGAACAAAUCAACGAAUUCUGUUGCCAAAAA